AUGCGGUUUGGUAAAAAGGGGAAACUUAGUCCCCGUUUCAUUGGCCCUUACGAGAUUGUUAGGAAAAUUGGGACGGUGGCUUAUGAAUUGAAGUUGCCAUCCGAUACGGCCAUGGUGCACCCUGUGUUUCGCGUUUUGAUGUUGAGGUUGUACAAACCUGAUCCUUCCCAUGUCUUUAACCAUGAAGAGAUUGAAAUUAAUGAAGGGUUAACCUAUGAAGAAAAAUCGGUUCAGAUUCUAGAUCGUCAAGUUAUAAGGUUGAGGACGAAGGAUGUGGCAUCGGUUAACGUGUUGUGGCGAAGCCAUAAUACUGAGGAAGCUACUUGGGAAGCAGAGGAGGACCUGAAGAAGAGAUAUCUCCACUUGUUCCCUAUGGCAGCUUUUCAUCAGGCUCAGAUUAGUGAAGUUUGUGAUGAUAAAAGAGUUGUUGAUCUAAAAGUUUAG